UCUUAUCUCUAGUUCAAAAACUUACACGUACAAGCGACCACUGUGUAAAAAUGAUAUAUAAAUUUAUAAGGUCUAUUGUAGUAUUGACCUUCAUUUCCAAAGUACAAGGCGACUAUACUUGCCUCUGUAAUUACGAUGUGGAGCGACCAGUCUAUGCCAUGGCGGACCCACAGCCGGGAACCAGUCCUAUUGGUUACAUGUAUGAGUUUGAUUGUAAAGAAAUAAUUCCGCACAUAGAAACACCACCUGGAUGGAACGCCGUAGCCUUUGAACACCAGUUCGCAUACGUGGAAGACGGUACGGCACAACAUGUUGCUAGGCAACUAUGUCCUGGAAGCCCUCCUACAUCUGACAUCGUCACAACAACAACAACUUCAACGACGACAGAAAGACCGUCCAUACCUUCUUCUACAACCUUACCUACAACAAAAUCAACCAUGAUGACAACUAUGACGACAACAACAACUAAACCUACGACAACAACAACUAAACCUACAACAACAACAGCAACAAUAACUAAACCAACAACAACGCAACAAACAACACUCACCACUCGUCCUACCACAAACACAAAGCCGACAACAACUUCGCCGCUCUUUCCAAAUUUCAGUCCCGUAAGACUUGUCACAUCAUCAACAGCUAAACCUAUCACGGGAAACAUAAACUUGUGCCCGGCAAAACUUCAUCAGUACACGCGGGAAGAUGGUGGCGCCCUCACUCAAUAUGGCGACUAUUGCUAUGAGUUGGUUCCGAUCAAAACGAUCUGGUCCAAAGCAGAGCGGGAUUGUAUGGCCAAAGGCGGCGAUCUUUUUCAUGUCGACGGUCCGGGGCUGCAAGAUUACAUUUAUAGGUGGAUUAAAUCUUACAAUUUUGAUCAUGCCGUAUGGAUGGGGUUGCAUGACGUACGCACAGAGGAGAAUUUUGAAUGGAUAUCGGGCGAUCACGUGAUAUAUCUGAACUGGUAUUCGGAUAGAAAAGGUAAUCUAGCCAGCCAUUAUAAUGAAGAUUGCGUUCUGUUUGUACCUUAUGCGCCAUACUACGGUAAAUGGGAUGACGUCAUAUGUGGCUCAACAACUCUAUUUGGUGACAUAGGACAGCAAAAUCCAUUUAUUUGUGAAUAUUCAAUACGGCCACACCACGUAGAUACAAUAGUCGGAUAGACUGACAGAGCAGAUGAAUUUACUGUCGUCAGAAAUACAGAGAAAGAUAUAAAA